UGACGUAGAAACGCAUGAGGGGCUGGGAGAGGAUAUGUGGUGAAAGCUUGCUGGGGCGGCGUCAGUAAUAUUAUGCAUUUCUAUUUGUGUGGCCGUGUAUCUAGGCGUCGGCAUGUGUGUUUUUUCCAAACGAUAAGAAGGUUUGAAGAAAGUGUCGGUAAUUGUUGUGAACUGAAAGCUAUAGAUAUUCGAAGAAAAACAUAAGCUACUUUAUAUUCUUGCACAUAAACAAAGAACAGCUGACAAUCCAACGCUUGUUGUGUGCGCUUGCAGUGCAAAGUAGGUUUUAAAGUGUUCCACGCUAGCAAGUGGAAAUACGGCUAGCUAAAAAAAUUAAUAGUCAUGAAUAAUCAGUUGCGAAAAUUCUCAAAAAUAGAACAUGAAUGCAAGAUCCCAGACUUUUGAAUUGACUGUAGAGGGCAGACAAGUUGAUGAAGCUGUAGCAAGUCUUUUUCACACAGUACUUUUCCACCGAUCAUUGGGUAAAUUUCGAUAUAAGCAAGAAGGUAGUUACUCAGUAGGCACUGUCGGCUACUGUGAUGUGGACUGUGAUUUCAUUGAUUUUACAUAUGUUUGUUGUUCAUCUGACAACCUUGAUCGUACUCUAAAGAGAGAAAUUUCAGAGUUUUCGGAAGCGCUGCGUGGAAAUGAUGGCCCAAGCUCAGGACAAAUUUCGUUAGAGUUUUUCCAGAAGAAAAAGAAUCGGUGGCCUUUCCAGACAGAGUGUAUACCUUGGGAAGUUUGGACUAUAAGGCUAGAACUUAUAAAACUUAACAAUGAACAGGAGCGUCAGGUUUGCCGAGAAAAAGUUGGUGACAUGCUGACGGAAAAAAUAUUGUACAUAGCAGAAGUUAUGAAUAGGCAUGAGUAUGUCCCCAAAAUGCCCAAUCAGUCAGAACUGGAUUUGAUUUUUGACACAACAUACCCUGAUGUACAGCCAUACUUGUUCAAGGUAUCAUUUACAACAUCAGGGCCAUCAAAUACAUCAGUUGGUACUACAAUGAAAAAGCUAAUAAAGGAAACUCUUUCACUAUAAGUCAUUAAUUUAAGUUCUUUAUCAAUGCAAGAAAUGUCUGUGUUGAAUAUAACAUCAGGUUCUAUGUGUAAAGAAAGUGAUUAAUUGUGAGAAGAAUAUUUUUGUCAGGGAGGUGAUGUGUGCAGUUCGUGUACAUAGUAUUUGUCCUGCCAUUUAUAAAUUUUAAGAGAGAAUGUUGAAUAGCAGAGGUUACGAAGAUAACUGCCAUCUUCCAACAAUCCUGUUGUUUUGUAAUCACUCACUAAUUGGUGUGUGGGUUGGUCUGAGAAAUUAGUUUUAGCAUUGUUGUUAAUAAUGUGACAGUGAAUUAUUUAUAACUGGAGCUUGAUUCGUGGUCUUCUCCUUAAAUGUUUUUAAUUUGAGUGUUUAUUGACAGAUUUGUUUUGACUACAAUGUUGCAGCUCUGAAAGCCAUUGUUGUUUGGAAUAAAUGAAUGAUGUAUAAUUUCA